UUCUUUUCGGCCCAAUUCCAUUUUAAAACCUCCCAAACCUCUUUUUCCCAGAAUAAAGAAAUUGGCUUUGCCCGAGUCUCUUUGUGACUCACCCAAAGCCUCGCCUUCUUCUCUUCGCUCUUGCGCUGCUUCGCGCCGUCUCAUUAGUGCCUCCGGCCACCGUCUGAAGCUGCCGUCGUGGUGAUAUCUGGUAAGGAGGUAAAUUUGUGAACAAAGAUAAGCUUGCGGUAAUAUUUGCUGCAAGUUGUUGAAAGUUUGCUGUCAGCCACUCAACAGAUGGAGCAGGAUUGCACCCAUUGGACUUGCAACUUGUGUGGGAAUGUGGGAAUGGCUGAUGGAUCAGAUGGCUACUUCUACUGCUUGAGAUGUGGGUCUCAGGCUGAUGACAUCAUUGAUACGGGUGUUGCUGAUGAGGAUUUUAUUGAAAAGGGUACUCAGGGUGGUGGUGCCCUUUACUUGGCCAGCCAUACUCGCCAUGCUCGUCAACCCAUCCCAGUCCAACCACUCUCACAAGUUGACCCCAAAUCUCUAGAAUUUUGGUCCCGUCUCACCGAAGAACCCGGAGGCCAUGAUGUUAAUCAAGAUGGAACGAGAGAUGGUGUGGGGCCCAUAGGCACAAGUGAUUUUGGCUCUUACCCUAUGUGUGCAUAUAGUUAUGAAGGUUAUUACCAGGAGGUUAGGAACAGGUAUGUGAUGGGGAUGCAGAUGAUGAUAGAAGCUCAAUGUGAGGCUUUAGUGGAGAAGUUUAAUAUGAAACCUUUGAUUUGUGGGAUAGUUGGACCUAUUUGGUUGAGGUUUUUGGCUAGCACUAGGGUUUUUGAUGAUGGUUGGGCCGAUGAGGCUAUUCAUCAAUCUGAGAUAAAAAAAUCAGGAGAAUAUGAAGAUUUUAAACCACUUUCUCGUCACAAAGCAGAACCUCACAACAUACAUGGUCAGAGAGCAUUAAUUAUAUGGCAUAAGUAUUUAAGAAAAAAAAUUCCGUUAUCUUGUUCUCUAGCUAUUUCUUUUCUAGGAUGCCAUGUUUCAAGAGAAGCAGUUUUGCCAUCAGACGUAAUCAAGUGGGCAGUUGAAGGGAAGCUUACCUAUUUUGAUGCUUUUGUUGAAAUUGAGAAACGCAUUGGACAGUCGUUGCCUCCCUUUCCUUUAAGUCUUAAAAGUAUGUUUAGGCCCAGACAUGCUUGUUCUGCUCAACAGUUGGAAUCACUGGCUGCUACAAUUGCUCAGUGCAUAGGCUUGAAUUUACCCCCAGUGAAUUUCUAUGGAAUUGCUUCCAGAUAUCUAACGGAGUUGUCUCUUCCAGUGGAGAAAAUUUUGCCGCAUGCAUGCCGCAUAUAUGAGUGGGCGAUGCCUCCUGAAUUACGGUUGUCAACAAACAAUUUUGGACUUCCUACUUGUGUCCAUGCGAUGGCUAUACUGGUUAUAGCAAUACGGAUUCUAUAUGACAUAAAUGGACUUGGGGUGUGGGAAAAAAGUUUGUCUAGUCAUAUGCUUCCUAGUAGAUCUACUGAAGCCACAAGGACGGACCCUGCAAGUAGUCCCAAAGUGAGUGACAGUGCUGAAAAUGGUUUUGGUUCUCAUAGUGUGGACUGUAUGGGUACUAGUUCUAGUAGAAACAUAUUACCUGAUAAUGAAUCCAAGUUUGAUGCUGCUGAGCUUUUGUGCAACCUUGAAGCAAGAUACAAUGAGAUAAACAAUGCAUGUGGCGGCGUUAAAUGUUUGAGAGAUCUUUCUAAAAGCAUGCCAUCGUAUCUACAAUUCUGUCAGGAUGUGGUAUUUGCUGGAUCAGAGCCGGCUGUGGACUUUUAUCAUGAAGAGAAAACUUUAAUUGACAAGCUUUGGGAUUAUUAUCAGAAAGAAAAGGGUUCUGAACCAGAAGAAGAUUUGGGAAGGCGACAUAGCAGUGCCGAUGGCAGCAUGUAUAAAGCGAACAAAAUAGCCCGAGAUAAUGAACAUCAUUCUAGUCCCUCCCAUGAAAGGACUUCUCAUGAAGAUAUAUCAACUCAGAGACACUCAGAUGUUGACCAUUCAUCUAUGACUUCAGAGGAACGUGAAAACUCAGAACCCAGUGACAAAGUUUCAGCAGAGACCAAUGAACAUAGAGCAAUUAGACUGAUGAAGAAAAACAUGGAGGAGAACAGAUUCUGUUAUAUCCCACCAAGGGUUAUGCUGAAGAGAUUGGAUUACCUUCAUUAUGCAAGGAAGAAAGAUGAAGGCGCCAUUACUUAUGUUGCUCAUGCUGACUACUACAUCCUACUUCGUGCUUGUGCCAUAGUUGCUGAGGUCGACAUGCGGAAUAUGCAUGUCGGGGUACUGAAUAUGGAGAGGAGAUUAGCUUGGUUGGAAAAAAGAAUCGAUCACUGCCUACAUCUAAUUCCUCCUCGUACUAUGUGUAAAUUUUGUAGUAAUGAACCAGAGCAAGCUGCAGAUGAUCAUACAAUUGGACUUUCAAAUCUGAACCCAUUGUAAGUUUCUAUCCUAGCUUUGUCUCUUAUUUCCUUCCACUCAUUUCUUCCCUUCUAUUAUACUUUUUAGGUUGUUAGGUUUUAGUUUUAGUUGAAUCAAAACUCAUGGUUUGAAAUUUGGUUCGAAAUCUAUCUGAAUUUUAGUUUUUAAGUUCUCAAGCUUGAUAUCAGAUAAAUUCAAAUUAUUUAGUUCUGUUCGAUUAGGCUUUGUUUACUUAAUAAAGUAUGAUCUCCAUUCUUAUAGUUGCCUUCAAAUUUAAUUAUUUUUGCUUGAUUUUGAUUUGAGAAUCUUUUUUCAUUAAUAAAAAAUUUGAUUAAGUUGAUUAGUUAUUUGAGUAGGAUAUUAGGAUACUGGAAUUGAACAUAUUCAGCCACCAAAAUGAAUCAAAAAACAAAUCAUAACCAUGUCUUAAAACACGCCCUUGUGUUAUGUAAUCAUAUGCUAAAAUAAAGCACUGAUCAAAUCAAUUUUAUAAUAACAUUACAAACAUUCUAAAAUAUCCAAACAAAUUACACAACAUUAUAAACAUUCUAAAAUUACUUUAUCAGCUGGAUUGAAAUAUUACCAAAAAUCAAAUAUGUGAAAAAGAGAAAAAAAGGGUUUCUAGGAAGGCUUUGAAAGUAAAGAGUUUUGCAUAGAAAUGUAGUACAAUUUAACUGCCUUAAAGAGCACCUUACAAUAUAGUCUUGAACCAAACAUUAGCUAGAGCUGAAAGGAUACAAAAGAAUUUCACUAUAAUAUUCUCCAUCUCCAUGGAACUUAGUACUGAUCAUGCAAACAUAACUAAAGUUCUCUUUAUAAUUUCACUAAAUUGUCUUCCAGAACCAGGCUUCCUCCAUAACUUAACUAGCCGAAGUUGUUUCUUUUAUUAUUGUCAGUGUUAAAACUUACAAGAAGUAUUUAGUGCUCUUCCUUGUUGAAGAACUGGAACCACUUGAACUUUGUCAUCAAGACCUGUUGUGGAUAGGAUCCGGUCCCCUUCGAACUCUUCUUUUACUUGAUCGAUUUGGAUCGAAUGUGUUGUUUACUACUUCUGGUAAUUUUUUCUCUGUCCUCGUUCCCUUCAUGUCAGCAGCCUUAAGAAUACGUUGAUUCGUCCUGAUAGCUAUUUGAUCUUCUCCUUGACCAUGCCUGAAGACAAGGUCUAUACUUAUCAAACCAGAAGCUUUAUCCGGUGCAACUGCUAAUAACCCAAAACAGAUAAGAAACAUAAGAAAUCUCUGAGCACUGCAAAUCAUUUUCCCUUUUGGUCGUGCACUGAACUGAAACAAACAAGAAAGAUUGAGGUUUCUCUGUUUUGUUGACAGUAAUACAGAGAGAAUAAGCUGGUAUGAGAUUGUGAUCAGUAAUGAUGUUCCCCUAUAAGCUUUGUUAUUUAUCUGUUAUUGGAUUCUGGAAAAGGACUUUAAAGCAUUAAAGCUUGGAGGGACCCAACACUAGUAGUAGAGGGAAUUUUAGAUUCACCCAAAUCAUAAAAAUCUGCAAUCUAAGCAAAUUAAAGCUGUUACAGGAAGAAUCUGACAAAGGAUGAAUAAAGGGGGUUUAAAACUUGGAAAUAGUACCCUUGACUUUGAGAUUUGAGAAGCCAAGUUUCUUUUUUUCAUUUGUUUUCGGCCCUUCCAUCUCUAUCAUUUGCACUGCUUUUAUCUGCAAUAACUAGUCCUAUCUGGAUCUUCAUCACUUGCUUUACAAUUCCAAGCUCUUUUUCCUAUGCAACCAAAAAAUAACAAUCACUUGGUUUCUUGUGCUAAAUGUGCAUUUUCUUUUUUUUUUCUUUUCCUUUUAUUCGGCUGCCAAAUUCUCAUUCAUUAUCGACUUAAAAAAAAAAUCAGAGCUUCCUUCUAAUCUAUUAAAAAUUCCUUGUGUAUUCAUGUAGGGAAGGGAACUGCCUUUUCCUUUAUGUCUGUUCCUUUUAUUUGGCCAUUGUUAUUGUGCAAAAUAUCACAUGAAAUUCUUAAGCAUAAAUUCUUGCACUUUAUCCUAUGUUUGUUUGUUUUAUAUGAUGGGUUUUGAUGUUGCCAUACGAGAUGGAUUGUUAAUGGUGAUUGUUCAUAGUUCAAUCUAUCUAUGGCUCGAACUUGUUGUUGAUUAAAGUGCUGAUUCUCCACUUCCCAUCUUCCUCCAUUGUUGUGAUGAAUAUUUGACUCCAUAAUAGCCAAAAAAAAUCACCUUUAAAACUAAAGGAGCUAAGAGCAAAGGGCCCCAUUAGUUUGAUCAGCUUCCCCUACCAUUGACCGUCUCUCUGCAACCCUACCAAGCCAUCAUGACAGAAAAAAAUAGGGAAACUCAAGACAAAGCAAGUGACUGAGUUUCCAACUUGAUCUUCUUUUUGUCUUUGGAAUUGGAUACAUGUGGUAUGCAUGCAUGCAUGCAUGUAUGAGCAGCUGAAACAGAAGAUGGUAUUAUUAAUUCAAUUUCAUUAUCGACAUGAAUAAGCUGUACUUGGCAAGACACCUAUUCAAAAGGGAAUGUCACCAAAAACAAGUAUUAAAAAGGCAUCUCAGAUGCUUAGCAGCCAUUUGCUUUUUAGAUCAUUCUCAUAGAUCAUAAUCUGACCGAUUGAUCUAUUACAUGUCAGAAUAUAUGCUAGCUAAAAGAAAAAUAGCACUAGAAAGCAGGAUUCGCCUUUCACUACUUUGAUUUUGUUUCCUGGUAAAUACAAAAAUAGGAGCCUCAUCUUCUAUGGCAUUGAUUUUUAGGAUGUGAUAAUAUAUUUUAGUCCUUAGGCCUAAAAAAAACCCUUCCAUAAUAGUGACCUUUUUAAAUGAAAAAAAUGGAUACUUAAGAAACCAUGUUGAAGGGUCCAGUUUAGGUAAACAAUUACAAUUAAAGAGAAAGAGAUGAACCAUGUUUAGGAGUGUUUGUUGUGGGCUUUUGUUGUUUUGGGGUUUUGGAGAAAGAUUGUGAUUUGAGAUAAAAAGGAAAAAGAAGAAAGAAAAGGCACACUACACUAUGCAAUGGUCCCAAUCCCUUGUUUUCCACAACAUAAAAUGUUUGCAAGCAACAACAUUAUAUAGCAAGCUUGUCUUUCAAGUGAGAUAUCUAUAACAUUCAUAAAAGGAUUAUAUACAUGUUAAGUACUGUGGAAGUGUUGCGGUUUGAGGCCGACACAUAGGGUUUUUUUUUUUUACUUGGCUGGGGAAGAGAAGAGAGAAGGAAGAGAAUAAUGGCCGGGAAGGAAAGAGAAGGAAGAAAGAAGAAAAGAAAAUAAAAGAUUAAAUUUCAUAUAGAUUUUAAUAUGAUCAUAUAUGUUGUAGUUUGUUAUUGAUUCACUUACAUUGAUGUAAAAUCAUAGUAGUUUUACACUUUUUCAUAUUUUUUUGUACGAUUAAUAUUUUAAUAAUUUAAUCAUUGAAUUCCCGAUAUAA